AUGUCUAUCACAAACAGGUUCACCUUCAGACCGGCCAAUGUGCAGAUUAUCUCGGGCGAACAUGGCCUUGACGGCUCUGGAGUCUACAACGGCACAUCAGACCUUCAGCUUGAGCGCAUGAACGUCUACUUCAAUGAGGCAUCCGGCAACAAAUAUGUCCCCCGUGCUGUCCUCGUCGAUCUCGAACCUGGUACCAUGGACGCCGUUCGAGCCGGUCCUUUCGGUCAACUCUUCCGUCCUGACAAUUUCGUCUUUGGCCAGAGCGGUGCUGGAAACAACUGGGCCAAGGGCCACUACACCGAGGGUGCUGAGCUUGUCGACCAGGUUCUUGAUGUCGUCCGACGUGAGGCCGAGAGCUGUGACUGCCUUCAAGGCUUCCAGAUCACCCACUCGCUCGGUGGUGGUACCGGUGCUGGUAUGGGUACGCUGUUGAUCUCGAAGAUCCGCGAGGAGUUUCCCGACCGAAUGAUGGCCACUUUCUCCGUCGUCCCCUCCCCCAAGGUGUCCGAUACUGUCGUUGAGCCAUACAAUGCCACCCUUUCCGUCCAUCAGCUGGUCGAGAACUCCGACGAGACCUUCUGCAUUGACAACGAGGCUCUCUAUGACAUCUGCAUGCGCACCCUCAAGCUGUCGAAUCCCUCUUAUGGUGACCUGAACCACCUUGUCUCCGCAGUCAUGUCUGGCGUCACCACUUGUCUGCGAUUCCCCGGUCAGCUCAACUCCGACCUUCGAAAACUCGCGGUCAACAUGGUCCCCUUCCCUCGUCUGCACUUCUUCAUGGUUGGCUUCGCGCCUCUCACCAGCCGCGGAGCUCACUCCUUCCGUGCCGUCACUGUCCCAGAGCUCACGCAACAGAUGUUCGACCCUAAGAACAUGAUGGCUGCGUCUGACUUUAGGAACGGUCGGUACCUCACCUGCUCAGCCAUCUUCCGUGGCAAGGUGAGCAUGAAGGAAGUCGAGGACCAGAUGCGCAAUGUCCAGAACAAGAACAACUCGUACUUCGUCGAGUGGAUCCCCAACAACGUCCAGACUGCUCUGUGCUCUAUCCCGCCGCGCGGCCUGAAGAUGUCGUCCACAUUCGUCGGCAACUCUACCUCUAUCCAGGAACUCUUCAAGCGUGUUGGGGACCAGUUCACCGCCAUGUUCCGACGAAAGGCUUUCUUGCAUUGGUACACUGGCGAAGGUAUGGACGAGAUGGAAUUCACCGAGGCCGAGUCCAACAUGAAUGAUCUGGUCUCGGAAUAUCAGCAAUACCAGGAUGCUAGUAUCUCCGAAGGCGAGGAGGAAUAUGGUGAGGAAGAGGCUCCUCUUGAGGAGGAAGCUUAG